AUGGGGUCCCUGGAGGAAGAGCAUACCUGCCAAGUGUGUCGAGACCUGUUCAGCCGGGCCCACCCUCUCCCCUGUGGCCACAGCUUUUGCCCGGCAUGCGUGCGUGAGACCUGGUCCCAGAGUAGGGGUUCCCGUGCGGAGCGCUUUCUGUGCCCACAGUGCCAGGAGGAAGAUGUAGUGGUGGCCUGUGACUGCUGCCCAGCAGAGGGCGAUGGUGGACCAGCGUCUGCUGCAGUGAAAACCUGCCUGCGCUGUGAGGUGUCUCUUUGUCAGGAGCACCUGCAGCCUCACCUGGUGUGCCCAGCCUACAGCACACAUUUGCUAGUGGAGCCCUUAGGCGACCUAUCCCGGCGCCGGUGCUCUGACCACCAAGAGGUCUUCCGCUACUACUGUGCUGAUGACCAGGAGUAUGUCUGCACAGACUGCAUGCUGGAGGGCAGCCAUAAACAGCAUCGUGUCAAAAGACUGAGAAAGGUGGAAGAGGAUUAUAGGGGCAUGUUACAAAUGCUUCUUCAGAAAGCAGAGGAUAAGGUACAGCUUGGUGAAAAGAUACUCCAGGAGCACCAGAACUUUACCCACACCAUAGAAGACUCCUCCACAGCAGAUGAAUAUCAGGUGGAGCGUUUAGGUGUGGCUCUACAGGCUCAGGUGGAAGAGCUAGUAGUGGCUCUGAGAGAGGUCACAAAGCAUGAGAGAGAGCAGGCCAUUGAGAGACUCAAAGAAGAAUCAGGCAGGGUGAGAGGUGACCUGAAACUGACCGAGAGUAUCCAGCGUUACCUGGGCUCCUUACUGGAGGAGAGAGACCCCUUCCUUCUUAUAUGGGCAUUUCAAUCUGAUGACUCAAAGCUGGUUGCAGACCUCAGCUCCCCAGUGUUCAGUCCCAAGCUGCCAAGCCUGGACAAAAAGCGUGUCCUGGAGAACGUGGAGAACAAGUACCACGAGUUCAUAUCAGAAACUUUGCGCUGCCUAGUUGAACUCAAGAGAGACCUCUUGAGUAGUCCCUUGACUUUGGAUCCAAACUCCGCCCAUCCGCUCUUGAAAAUCUCUGAUGACCUAAAGUCAGCAGUGAGGGUGAAGACCCGUUUGUCUCUUUCUGCUCACCCUGAUCGCUUUGACCACUGGUCCCAGGUUGUUACCAUUCAAUCUUUUUCAUCUGGAACUCACUACUGGGAGCUGGAGGCAGAGGGCUUCUGGGAUAUUGCUGUAACCUACCACAGCGUUCCACGCAAAGGGAAAGAUGGCACUGCUUUUGGGUGCAAUGAGGUGUCCUGGAGCCUCACGCAACAGCACGAUAAGAAACUCACUGCGUGGCACAACCGUAAAAAAAAGCGUCUGUCCGCUCAAAUGUCCGGCAAUCGCGUAGCCGUCUCUUUGGACUACGCUGCCGGCUCCAUUACCUUCUCCGAAGUUGGACCAUCCUCCACUCUGAUCCCACUGCACAACUUCAGCACCACCUUUGUUCAGCCUGUGUGCCUAGGCUUCGGCCUGUACAAACCAGAACUCAACAGCAGAGUCUCCAUAGUCAAAAAAAUGUAA